UGGUGGUGGGCAAGCGCCGCGUACGAGCAUCAUCACCAGUGACCGCCAUAUUGAACGCGCUGCGGAGAGCAGUCGAACCAGCGGUUCUCUCGUCCUCGUCAUCGCGUUCCUCUGCUGGAGAAGCAGCAGUGCUGUGCUCGAGUGUGUGUGUGCGUGUGCGCGAGGGGGGGGCUUCGACGCAAGCGCGCGCGAGCGUUCGUUACACUCGCAGCCGCCGCCCCCGCCUCUUCGCUCUCGCUGGCUCUGUCUCCCGCGCAACGACGACGACGACGACGACGGCGGCGGCUCUCUUUAUUUUGUCGACGAGCCCACGCGCGCCCUGCCUGCCUGCAGUAGCACAGUGCUCUCCGCUGGACUCGACGCACGAGAGCGCGAGCGAGCGCGCGCGCACGCAGCCAACACACCUACAUACUACAUACACACACGUAGAGAGGGAGAGAGACUGACUGACUGAGCGGGAGAGCGAGAGAGAGUGGCACACACGUACAUACACACGCACACGCUCGGCGCGGAGAAAAAUUCGAUCGAGCGAACCCCCGACGAGGAAGUCCUCUGUGUGUCGCCGCCGCUGCCGAAGCGCGUCCCGCCCAAAAAUACACCGUCGACGGUGCGCUGUGCGCGCGCGGACGCAACGAUUUUCCGCGACUCUUUCCUCGCAGUCGUCGUCGGCGAGUAUACAGUGAGACUGGGAGAGCAGACAACACACAGUGUAGCGAUCAGCUCUCCUUAACGUGCAGGCGUGCGAGCUCCCCGCCGUCCUUUGUUCGCGCGUGUGUGCAUGUGCCUCUGCUCGUGUUGUGUAGAGAGAGAAGGGUGAAAGCUCGCUCUCGCUCUCUCGGCGUGUGUACACAUCGUCGGCCGCUCGCCGCCGCAGCCGCCGCUGCUGUCAUCGUAAGUAGUACGAGUCCGAGUGCGACGGACCAAGUGGCAGUGCAGUAGUACAGAUGCAGCGGCCACACGUCGCGACGUCACCGCUGGGUAAACAAGAGCCGCUGCAGAAGAGGAGCCGCGUGCCGGAUCAGCAGCUGCAGCAAUAGUGCGCGAGAGCAUGAGAUGGGAUGAAUAAUGCGCUUGGCUGCAGUCGGACAGAACCGCGGCGCCGGAGUGGAGCAGCAGUGAACGCAGUCCUGCCCGUUUCCCUGACUCUCUCUCGCCGUCGACGAGGCGGCCGCAGCGGCCACAAGAGCAGCUGCCGUGUGCGCGCGCCACCGCCGAGCUGAGCAGCCAGCACGGAAGCUCCCCGUCGUCGUCGUCUUGGGAGGGAGGGAGAGCGCGAGGGCCGAGCCGAGGAGGAAUAGGCCGCGAGGAAGAAGACGAAGAAGAAGAGAGAAGGAGCUUUCCGCGAGCAGCGGAACAUCGAGGAGAGAGCCGAGCAGAGCAACGGAGUCGCGCUCUCGCUUGCGCGCGGCAGCUCGCCAAUCAAUAAACGCGCGCGCGCAACAGCAGCAACACGAGCGAGAGCAGGACAAAGAGAAGCCCUGCCAGCGGCGCGCAUAGCUCAGCUCGUGCUUAACGACGUCGUCGACGUCGGCGUCCAACGCUCUCUCUCUCCCUCUCGCUCGCUCUCUCUCUCUCUCUCUCUCUCUCUCUCUCUCUCUCUCUCUCUCUCUCUCUCGCUAUACACAAAGUCAGCGGAGAGCCGAGAGUCUCGUGUAUAUUUUCACUCCCUCUCGAGCGCACUAGCGAGCCGCCGCUCGUAGCCGGGCCAUCACCGCGCCUUCCGCACGCUGCUGCGCGGACCCUAUUUUUAUACUCUCUGUCCUCCGCCUCCUCCUCCUCUUCCUCCUUCGCCACUGCCACCGUCGGCGCCGCCGCCACCUCCUGCCUUCCUCUCGGUUGCCUUGCCGCAGCUGCUGCCGCUGUCCCUCGAGCACGAGGAAGAAGUCUCCGGCUCUCUCUCCCUUCCUCACUCUGUCUCACCGCCUCCUCUGUCCCGAGAGUCCCUCCGCGAGUGACACCAGCCGUGAAGCAGCAGAAGCGCCGGAGGUAAACAAAAGUCCGAGAGGAAGAGCGUAUAGAGCAUGAAGAGAGGCUGCUCGCGCCGAGCAUGCUCCGUGGGCUGAAUCGGCCCGUCGUAGCCGGACUGCAGCGGCGGCAACGGCCAGCAUUAGUAGCACGCUGUGUCUAGUGGUGCGCGGGCUUCCGCACGAGAGCCGUCGGAGAAGAGGAGGAAUCACGUUCGCCCGUAGCAUGCAGGAGUCGGGCGAGGCCCGCCGGCUAGGCAGCAGUCCUGCAUCAGGGGGAUAGCUCUGCUCGCGCCAGGUUGGGGUAGUCGACUGCAGCCGGACUCCCUCGCUCUCCGCUCUGGGGGUGCUACGACGGGGGAUCGCGUCGGGGAGCGAGCGAGCGAGCGAGCGAGAGAGAGAGAGAGAGAGAGAGAGAGAGAGAGAGAGAGAGAGAGAAGAGUAUCGACAACGCUGCGCGACCAAGACUCGCGCGUCGAUAUCAAUAGCGAGCCGGAAGCGAGCUGGCCUCGCUAUAGAGCGCAUGGAACAUGAUAGAGAUGUCGAGCGGAAUCGGCGCGACAACGAUGGGAAUAGGCGUUAGUCACGGUGGCAGCGCUGGCGGCGGCGGAGGUGUGGGUGGCAACGACGCGGCCAGCGGCGGAGGCUGCCGGCUGCGGGCCCAAAGCCAGGGCCAGGCGUCGACGGGCUCGCCGAGCCAGCAGCGCGGCAGCAACAGCAACUCCGGAGGCCAGGCCCGGGAGCAACAGGCCCAGCAGCAGCGACACGGACUCAUGGGCCGAUCCAAGAAGGACAACUGCUGUCUCUGCUGGUGCUGCUGUUGCAGCUGCUCGUGCAGGAAUAAAUGUUUGGCCGCGGUGGGCACGGGCAGCUCCGGCGGCGGAACGUCGAUGAGGCCGACAGCCGGUGGGCAACUCGGCGGCGGGGAUCACGGCAGCGGCUCAGGCCUCGGCGGGGAGCUCGGCGGCCCGGGCUCGGGCAACGGCCUCGAGGGCGACAUCGGCGACAUCAGCAUCGAGGAGAUACGCUCCUGGAGCUCGUCCUUCGAGCGGCUAAUGCACAACCCCGUCGGCCGCAAGCUCUUCCGCGAGUUUCUCGUCAGCGAGUACAGCGACGAGAACAUCGCCUUCUGGCUGGCCUGCGAGCAGCUCAAAGACGAGAGCAACCCGGAGAAGAUCGAGGAGAAGGCGCGCUUCAUUUACGAGGACUACAUAUCGAUUAUUUCGCCUAAGGAAGUGAGCCUGGACUCGCGGGUGCGGGAGAUCGUGAAUCGCAACAUGACACGGCCGACACCCCACACAUUCGACGAGGCUCAGCUGCAGAUCUACACGCUAAUGCAUCGCGACUCGUACCCGCGCUUCGUCAACAGCGAGCUUUACCAUAGAGUAUCUCGCACCCACAGCGGACCGCCAAGCCCCUGCAUCGAAUCCGGCGGGGACAUCGCUGCCACCUCGUCCACCCAGCCUCGCAAGUCCAAAAAGUCCAUCACGUAAUGGAACUCUCUUGUGUACUGUUGUUGAUCACGAGAUGAGGACGAUCACGCCGAUGAUGAUGAUGCUGACGACGACGAUGAUAAUGAUUAUGAUUACACGCGACAAAGCGACUCAGAUGCGCCACCGCCGCUGCUCACACCGACCAAUCCAAUCGACACUCGCACAACCACAUUCGCACACUCGGCCACACUUACAACACACACGUCUACACGCCACAAGAGAGACUCUCGCACACGCUCGACGACUAUCGCGCUUUUCUACUUGAAAUUCAUAAGUUAUAUUAAAAACGAUACGCAUAAGAGAAACACAUACGUAAUAUCCGUGCGUGCGAUACCGCGAAUCGAGGCGAUGCGACGAGCGAAAGACCGAGAGAAUAAGGGUAUUGUGAGAGUUGUAAGCGUAUACGCGUUUGGAACGAUGGAGAGGCAGAGCAGAAGGAGUGCAGAGUAAUGGUUACGAAAAAUAAAAUUGAAAAAAAAAUUAAAAAAAAAUAAUAAUGAAUAAAACGAGAUAGAACGUUCUUCUUCAGUCCGUCGUGUGUAUGUUAGUGUGUGCGUAUGCGUUUGCAUCUGCGUGCGUGUGACGUGUGUAUGUGUGUGUAAUAGAGUGUGCACGCGACACCAUUUUUUCCUAUAUAAAUAUAAAUAAUACAUAAUAUAAAAUACCUAACGAUGGACUCGACGACGUACACGCGCGCGUCAGCGCUCGCGCGUAUAACAAUGAAAUUUCAAAGUACGUGUUAUAUUGAGGAGGAGAGUCGUGCCGCGAGUCGUUUGAUAUGUAUACACUCGCGCGGUAUAAAAAUAAAUAAAUAAAAUGGGUCUUCCAGAGCGAAGCCACACACCGGGGCCACAAGAGACUACUACUACUACCGCUACUACUACUACUACUACUACUACUACUACCACUACUACUACUACUACUACUACUACUACUACUACUACUACUACUACUACUACUACUACCGCUACUAUACACACCGACAUAUUCUAACACAAACAUGCACUCACUCGCGCGCGUCUAUACAUUUCCGCAGAAUAAUGCACCACGAAUACGAGGAAACGAAGAAUAAAUAUACCAGAAGGAAAAAAAAACUAUGUGUGCACUGCGACGCGAAAAGCUGCAGCGACAAGCUUAAAAGGAAGAGAGGGAGAAAUAACACUGUGCCGGAGACUUGACUCGCUCUUGUACUGCGGGAGCUUUCCAAUUGUGAAGUGCGGCAACGUGUUCCGCUGCAGGCACAAACGUUACAAGCUCGUAAUAAACGCGCUCGCACUGUGUAAGAAGCUGCAACAAACACACACACACACACACACACAUAUACAGACACAGACACAACCACAAACACACUCCUACCUGCACACGUCUCUUUAUACACCCGCAAAACGAUACGGACAAAACAGAGAUUAAGCUAUCAUAUCGUCCUCCUAUACACCCUCACGACCUCAUUUCUUUUCCGUUGCGACGCACGAGUCUGUAUGGCCGCAGUUCAUAUCGCUCACUCUGCGACGGACUGAUGCGCUCUAUACUGUGUUAGGGGGUUGUUGACACGUGUUUGUUUAUAAAUAUAUACACACAUAUACAUAUAUACAUAAUAAUAUAUAUAUGUGACGAGCCGGCGACACGACAGCGCUGGUAGCAAACCAAGAUAAGCAACACUAUACCUGGAUGUUCACACGCUGAUUCCUUUGUUUUAGAAUGAGAUUCUGAUUUUAUAUAAUUAUCGAAUAAAUAUUAGUUUCUUCAGUGAUACAUCAAGAUUCUUCUUACUUACUCAUUUCGUCCAGUCUCAUUCAGAUUUUCUUUUUCUUUCCAUUUCUGUUUUCUUUUCGUUUUCAUGCCGCAUAUACCCAAGCACGAUUUUUCAAUUUUCAUUUUUCGUUUCUCGAUCCAAGCACUGCUGACUGUUCAACGAAUCAUUCAAAUGUAAUACGGGCGUUUGCGUAAGUGUGCGACCCUAAAACCACUCUGUCCCGUAAGUGCAAUGCGAUCUUCCUAUACUUAUGAUUUACAUCGUACCGAAUUACAGUUAGAGUGUGAGAAAAAGAAGAAAAGGAAAAGGAGUGUGAGAGCAUGCGCUAUAUAGAAGGAGCGGCUGGGCUCUCCUCCGCGACGGCGCGCAGAACUUUAAUGGCAUCAAGCAUAUAUAUAUACUGUAUAGGUGCUUCGGCUUUUUCCUCAAUUGGAAAGCUCCCUCCGAUAAGUGCUUUGCUAUACUGUACACAGACUCAUACGCGCAAAGGGAACGCCGACGCCGCCGCCGAGAGAAAUUAAAGGGGAUAAGGGAGACGAGAACGAGAGCGAAAACAAUGUGACUCCGAAGCGCGCGUUACAGUGUGUACGUUUGCGGCGAGGAGUAUUUCUUUUUUCUCCUUUUCUUAUACGUCUAGGAAAAGAUUUUACGUUUUUUAGUGAGGAGGAAAAAAAUCAUCUCUCGUUCGCCAGUUUGCGAAAGCUCCAGCGAGAGCUACUUUAUGUCCUUCAUAAUUGAACGAGGCGAGAGUACGAAAUACUCGUGCGAAAUCGUGUUCUGUAAGGAGCUUAAUCACCCACGAUACGGUGCGCGUAAAAGCACAUAGCACGUAAGCGCUUCGGGGUCUGCAGGCCGCUGUGUGUGUACUAUGCUGCCGCAUCUACAUCGAGGCGAGGGUGAAAGGGCGCCUGAUGCCGGGGCUGCUACCGCUCCUGUACUUCGUCGUACGUGUAAUUUCAUUGCCCGGCUUUUUCGUCGCGAAGCUUCUCUAAUACACGUCAUAUAUGGCUGCGCAUGUACCCACCUCCUUCCACCUCGCUCUUCGUCUCUCUUUCUCCCACGGUCGGUCUUACCGAGUUGCUGUCUUGUCUCCUUACACCUUGCCGCGCUAAUGUUAAAUUUGAAUUAAGGCCCUCGCCUCGUCGUCGUGGCUGAAGCAGCAGUCGAGUCUCGGUUUUGCAUAGAUUAUGCGCUGGCGAUGAUGAUGGCUUCGGUAAUCCUGAGCUAGUCUAGACAUACUUUUGUGUAUGGAAAGAUAUGAAACCUGGAUUUCAAUAUAAAGGGAGGUGCACGAUUUUCUGAUAGCUUGAUUGAGCGGGACACUCGUCACGUAUUAAAUGAAAAUGUAAACUCGUUGAUUUGAUGCAUAAAUUUGUAUGUGUAUAAACAUUAGUAGGGUUAGUAUGAAUUAAUGCGUUGUUAUUGGAACUUAGAGUACGUAGAUUUUAAUGUUGACACUUGAAUUGAUAUUGCAAAAUUUUCACAUAUACUGUUAUGAUUAUUAUCUGUAAGUAAAGGGUAUCGUUGUUGCAGUAGCGAUAUUGCCAGAAAAUCUUUGCUUUUGAUAAUGCGUUCUGCGAAAUGAUAUGUGAAAUUUCGUGUUAACCGACGCAAAAUGUGAGUGGCGUAAUUUUCUACAGUUGAAAAGACACGCAUUUAUAAUCUGCACAAUUUUGACGGUUAUAUAGAUACUACAACAUGCGUAAUCAGAAUACCGAUGAAACUGCUUCAUAUGAUUUUCAUUCGAAUGACGAAUUAUAAAAGCGUUACUGUUUAUAGCGAUUACACGUUUGUUUAAUUCAUAAAAUCAAAACGAAAUUCAAUAAGUAAUACACUAAUAAAAUUGAACGACGGACUCACUGCGUAGCUCACUGGUAGAGGGCUGUGCAAAGAUGAAGAUAAAACGUUGAGUACUGCCACGAGAUACACCAAAUGACAAAAAUGCAACAACCCACCAAAGGCACUCGAGUCUAGUCGACGACUACAAUAAAAAAAAAGUGAGAUAGAGAGAAAGAAAAGAGAGCUAUAAAAAGCAAGAUUUAUGUAUUAUUAAAGUACGCGCGCGAAUAUACAUGUAUACAGGGGCGUCACAUAUGUGCACGAAAGCGCAAAAAGAAUACUGUAAACACGAACACGCGGCGGAAGAUGAAAAAACUACAAACGAACACGUACGAGCGUACGCCAAGGGAAUAAUUAUCAAACUCAAAUAGUUCGAAUUCGAUGCACAUCUAUUGUAUAUUGCAUACAUUCAUUUUUUUACAAAAUGAACCGUCGGACAUUAGAGCGCGUAAUUGUUCCCGUUAUUGUAUAUCGCAAACCGUCGGAUGGCCUAAAAUUUCUUCUGCGGGAUAGACGCGAAUUUCUGCACAAAAGGACGGCUUUGUCGCGAAGCUGCGACUAUUUAAGGGAAAAAAAUACACAAUACACAGGGAGCGCCGAAGUCGCGAGACACAAAUGCAAACAAACAAAUCGCGUACCAACGCGUGUAAAAGAUAGUGAGAUAAUCCAAGAUACUUAAACCAAGAAUUAAGUAAAUAAAGUAAAUGAGAUACGCGAAAUAUCGUUCUCCGACUCUUCCUAUUUCGCUAACCAGUCAGUCACAGUGUUUGACUACUGCCUUGUAGAUAUAUAUAGAUAGGUAUAAUGUUAAAAACAAAUAUAUUAUGUAUAUGCAUACCAAGCGUAAACGCAGAUCCUCAAAACUGAAAGAAAACUACGAACACUACGAAGCUGAGUGUGAAUGCAUGACAGAUUGUAUACAAUAUAUACAGACAUAACGGAGGAUCUUUCAUAAAAAUUAUCGUCGAAUACAUAAUAAUACUAUACUAGCGGAUGAUUAUAGGGAAUUACGAUAAAGAGUAAUCCUCACAUUGUGAUGAACAUGAUUGUAAACUUCGAAAAAAUUUAUAUAUCAUAGACUUUACUUCUCAGUGUACCUUUCGAUGUUGAUCGACACUCGUGCGAUGGGUUCAGCGAUAAUUUUUCUGAAAAACUUUCCCUGUGUACAUAUUCGCAUAUAUACCUACACCUAUACAGGAAGUGACCAGUUCGUGCGCUUUGCGAGAUCGGCUAUUCGGACUCUGUAUUAUUACUUAUUAAAGCGCGUCUGUUAUAAAGUGAUAUAAUAAAGGAGGAAAAAAAGAUUAUAAUGAAUAAUAAGAUGAAAAUAAUAUAAGUGUAAGUUGCGAAACUUAUUAGCUGUACGAGCUGGCGCCACAUGCAUGCACGAGGCCGGCGCAAGUAGAGACGUGCGAAUGCUCGGAAUGACGUGAUAUAUACAUAUAAAUACAUAUAUAUGUUUCCCCCUUUGUUCCGGCGAAUCGCGCGGCGAUCCGUAAUUUAUAAGUAGGAUAAAUCGAUGCUUUCGUAUAGACGGUGGCCGAGUGCGCACGAACGUGAGAAAAGUGCGCGACAAAUGAUUAUACAUAUGCUCACGUAACUCGUACACUUGCACACCUAACACUUGUCUACACCUACGGUCAAAAAUGUAUUCAAAUGAAUGUAACUGGCAUUAGGUGGAUUUGGCUAUACUCAACCUACCUGAUUCCAGUUCACAAAAUCGUUUAUUUGCAUGUAUUUUUAACACUUCGAGUGUACGUACAAACACGCGCAUACAUGUAUCGUCCUACUCAGGCGUGAACGAAUUUCGUUACUUGGAGCAAUGUGCACUUAUUUCCUACUUAUUGUCCAAAACGGGUUUAACGAUAAGGGAGUGUUAGAAGAACUUUAAGAAAAAUCUAGAAGAACGACCAACGCGAAUUAAUCAUUGAAACAUGGAAUUUACGGGUCUCAGAGGGAUAUUGUCACGAAUUUAAAAAAUAUAUUACACUGCAAUCCAUCUCAAAUAUCACGAAGGAAAUUCCAUACCACAAACAUAUGUUACUUUUCGAUGACCAUCGACGUUAUUACGUAUUAUAAACAAAAGUAAGGCAUAUAUAAUAGCAGAGGCAUGCGUUGCUUAUUCCAAGUCCAACGAGAGCCUCGUCCACGCCUGGUCCUAGCAUAGAGUGUUAUACAGUCUGUAUAUUAAGGAAGAAAUAGCGAACGAGAAUGCGUGCGCGACGAAAGAAAGACAGAGAGAUAGAGGAAAUAUCGAUUGCGCGUGUGUAUGUGCGAGAGAGCGAAACAUGGGCGUGCAGAUCGAUGACACAUACCGAAGCGACGACACAGAAGAGGGAAAGAGAAUGUGUAUACGUAUGUGUGCGGAAUAUGGAAAUAAUAUGAAAACAAACAUGGCGAACGUUAUCUUACUACUGGCUAAUAAAAGAAAACUAAACAAAAUGACAAAAAAAAAUUAUUAAGGGAUAAGCUGCAAGAUAAUUUAAAAGGGAUAACCAAGUGAAUGCUAUGCGCAGGCUUGAGUGGCCCAGCGAGGAUCGUCGUUCUCGACUAAGGCAAUUUACGAAAUUUGUCGGAUUAAAAUUAAAACGAUCCCAGCUGGACGUCUCGAUUCUGCGUACAAAGCUGAUAAAAAAAAUUUAAAAAAAAAGCUAAAUAAAAGGUUCUUUUCUCGAUAUUUGGCCCAGGCCGACAAGACUCUGCAUGAACCCUGAUAAUCGUGGAGAUCACGCAUGAGAUCGGGACGAGAGGAUUUUUCGAGCAAUCGACCGCCGCGUAUAUGUAAACGGGCGUCCCGCAUAUUAUACUGAGUAAAAGCGAUGGAAAAGUGCGACAAAGUGCAAAGUAAUAACACGCGAUAAAAGUGGAACGCGUGCGACACAGGCACGAGGGAAGUAAAAACGAAGGCACGAAUGAUAAGGAGAGAAUUGCGCGGGUAUAUAUAUAUGUGUGUGUGUGUGUGUGCGCGCGUGUGUGUAUACGCCUACACGUAUAUCUAAAUUGCGAGGAUGAGGAGUGGUGCGAUGCUGAAAAUGUGCAUGUGCAGUCGAGGCCCUCGAGAAUCGCCGAUCGUCACGUAAUACCUAGUCUCUACGUCUUCAUUAAUAAACGCACAAUUUUUCUCAAUCUUCGA